CGUUCCACGCUUUUAUUUUGAAAGUAAACAACAGAAGUAUUUUUGUUCUGGCUUUUAUUUUGGAAUAAUUAAACGGAAGCUGUUUGUGUAUUCACCGGAAGUGACGCAUGUUUCUGGUUUUGAAGCUACAUGAAAAAAAAUAGAUGUGUUCUAUCGAUGUCCUGAUCGAUAUUAGUGAGUAUUGAUAUUAGUACUAGUUGUAGUUUUAUGACAAAUGAUCGAUUUAAAAACUGUGACGCGCUGAGCGACAGACGGGUCAAAGGUCACGUGAACCCGGAACAUCAACAAAGCAAACAAAGGCGGGAGAAGCAUCCGGAGCUCCGCCGACAUGUUCUCCGUUUCUCUGCCCAGAAACAGCGUCCUGACGGCGGCUCUCAGCCUGCUGCUGACCCGCCUGUCCUGCUCCUCUCUGUCGGUCCAGGACGUCCCGCACAUCGCCUCUUACUUCGGGACCAAGACCCGGUACGAGGAGGUGAACCCGCACCUGCUGCGGGACGCCUUGUCUGUCAAUAAAUCCGUGUUAAAGCCCCCGGACACGGAGCGCUGCUCCCCGGUGCACCUGACCGCCGUCAUCAGGCACGGCAGCCGGUACCCGACCGUCAAAAACAUCCGCAGGAUCCACAAACUGAGCGAGCUGGUGCGGAGGGAGGCUAGAGGGGGCUCCGCAGGUACCGGGUUUACCGGGGGGUCCGGGGGGUCCGGGGGCUCCGGGGCCUGGCUGCGGGACAUCCAGAGCCGCUGGGAGAUGUGGUUCACCGAGGACAUGGACGGUCAGCUGGUGGAGAAGGGCAGAGAUGACCUCCGUCAGCUGGCGAGGCGUCUGUCCGCCUUGUUCCCGUCUCUGCUGUCAGAGGAGAACGUGAGGAAGAGGAGGAUCAGCUUCCUGAGCAGCUCGAAGCAUCGCUGUGUGAGCAGCGUGGAGGCGUUUCAGGAGGGUCUGCAGCAGCACUGGGGACGCCACGAGGUGCACUACAGCCACGAGUUGGAUGACCAUCUGAUGCGUUUCUUUGAGCGUUGCCGUGGUUACGUGGAGGGCGUGGAGAACAACCGCACGGCGCUGGCAGAGGUGGAGAAGUUCAAACACGGCGAGGAGAUGGAGAGAGUGAGGAGGAGGAUGUCCGAGAGGCUGGGCCUUCCUCAUCACCGCCUCACACCAGAUCUGGUGGAAGCGGCGUUCUUCUUGUGUUCCUACGAGCUGUCUAUCAAGUCUCUUCACUCUCCGUGGUGCUUCCUGUUUGACGAGAGCGACGCCAAGGUGUUGGAGUACAAGUCGGACCUGAAGCAGUACUGGAAGCGUUCUCAUGGUCAUGUGAUCAGCAGUCUGUCCAGCUGUCCUCUCUUCCAUCACGUCUUCAGGACGCUCGACAAGGCCGGACGCCCCCGCAGGUCCAGCGAGGCGUCGCCUGAACCCGCCUCCGUCCUGGUGGGCCAUGCUGAGACGCUCCUCCCCCUCCUCUCCCUGCUAGGACUCUACAAGGACAAGACUCCGCCCACCGCCGACAACUACAGCACACAGCACGGUCGAAGUUUCCGGACCAGUGAGAUCGUCCCGUACGCCGCCAACCUGCUGUUCGUCCUGUACGACUGCCAGCGAGGUCCGCGGCUGCAGCUGCUCGUCAACGAGUCUCCGGUUCGAUUCCCGGGGCUGGAGGCGGAGGACGCGCCGCUGUACCGAGACGUCCGGGCCACGUACCGCCACCUGCUGGACGGCUGCGACUUCCACAGAGAGUGUGAGGGGAGACCGAGCGGCCGAGGACCCAACACCGAACUCUGAUCUGGAAACCAGUAAAAACACUGGAUCCGUCUUCUGCCACAGCCUUAAUCAAUAUAUUGAUCUGUGAAUAUGGGAAUCAGUUCAGCUCAAAUGUUCUCGUCACGUUUAAAUUAUUUUUUACUUCACUCAAACAGAUUAAGAAGCUCUGAGAGAAGAGUUAAACACUGGUCCGACAAGCCCCUCCCCCAGGCGGCGGCUGUCCAAUCACGGCUCGGCAACAGUAACGCAGCCCCUCCCCCAGGCGGCGGCUGUCCAAUCACGGCUCGGCAACAGUAACGCAGCCCCUCCCCCAGGCGGCGGCUGUCCAAUCACAGCUUGGCAACAGUAACGCAGCCCCUCCCCCAGGCGGCAGCUGUCCAAUCACGGCUCGGCAACAGUAACGCAGCCCCUCCCCCAGGCGGCGGCUGUCCAAUCACGGCUCGGCAACAGUAACGCAGCCCCUCCCCCAGGCGGCGGCUGUCCAAUCACGGCUCGGCAACAGUAACGCAGCUGCGGUCGAUCAAAGACUUCAUGAAACCAAAAACACAAAGUCUGAAGUUUUCUCUUGUAAAGUUUUUGUUCUCUGAGUAAAAACAUCUUAAAUCUGAUUAUUUAUUUUGGGAACAUUUGUGUUUAUUAGUUUUUGUCGUGUUUUGAACGUGUUGUGUGUCUGUCAGCACGUUAUUGAUCAUCAGUAAUCAGAAUAAAACACGUCUGUUUCUGUGAUCAGAUGAUUCAUGUCAACGUGCGAUGAGACUUCAUCAUCAGUUCAUUUUAUGAUAUUAUGAUAUUUAUAUAUUUAGUCAUCGAUCAGUUUCGGGAAAAUGUUUUAUUUUUAAAACAUAAAGAUGUUAAAAACAAACCUGAGACGCUGAAACGCAGCGAACGUCUGAAUCUGUUCAGUACGAAGCGUUUUUACAGGGAUUGUGUUUAUUUGAGGGACGACAGGGUUCAUUGAUCUUUAUUUAUUCUCUGGACCAAUCAGCAGCCUCGGUGCUGCUGUGGAGCUUUCAGCAGAUUCACUGAGCUUCUUCCGCUGCAGGUUUAUGUGUGAACGAGCUCUGAGAGAAUCAGGUUUAUUUAAUUAGUUUAGACUUAAAGUGCCAAAAUCAGCCUUUGAUGUGCGGACGGUUUCCUGCGGUGCUUUGAGACGCUUUGAUUUAUUCCACAAAGAUGUUUUUAUCUGAAAGUUUAAUAAAGAUUUUCACCGUUUUAAACUGA